AUGCCAGCCUAUGAGUUUUUCACAAAACUCAAUAUUCCUGGCCCAUCACCAAUACCCUUCUUUGGUAACUUACAUGAAGUUAUUAAAAGUAGACGUUUAUCGUUGACAAUUAAGAAAUGGACGAAUAAAUAUGGGCGCGUAUUUGGCUAUUUCCAAGGACACACGCCUAUUUUAGUUAUCUCCGAUCCUGACAUAUUACAAAAUGUAUUUACUAAAAAUUUUUCAAAUUUUCAUUCUCGUCGUACUUUUCCAUUGUCCGAUGAAAGUACGAAACGAGUUAGUAUGUUUCUUGCAACUGGAAUGCGUUGGAAACGACAAAGAUCUGUUAUUAAUCCAACAUUUUCCUCAGUCAAACUCAAGCAAAUGACACCCCUCAUUCAUCGAACUCUUGGUGUAUUCAUGACAAAGAUGUCUGAACAAUGUAACAAGUGUCAAUCAUUUGAUAUCUAUGCAUUUUAUAAACGAUUUACAAUGGAUACAAUAUGGUCAUGUGCUUUUGGCCUUGAUACCGACAUGCAAAAUAAUAUCAAUGAUCCAUAUCUUGUUUACUCUCAGCAACUAUUCGAAGAAAAAGUGAAUGUUCGAUUACUAGUUCUGUUAGCAUUGUUUAUCAAUGAAUUGAAUAAACUAUGGAGGUCAAUUGAUUUAUUGAUGGGUGGUAUCAGUUAUUGGUGUCGUGAAAAUUUUCCAAUAACAAAGCGAUUUCUAAACGAAACUCCAGCCAUAUGGAUUACGAAGCAAACAUACAAAAUAAUGGAGAAAUGUCAAAAUUUAAGUCGAACAGGUCGUACUGAUUUAUUGCAAUUGAUGUUGGAAUCAGCAACAGAUGAAGAAUAUAUUCAAGAUGGUCGAUCAACUGAUACUACAACUAAAGAAACCGAUUUUGGGACACCACUCAUACGAAAACUUACUCGACAUGAAAUUGCAGCAAACAUUCUUGUAUUCAUGAUUGGUGGCUAUGAAACGACAAGUACAGCGCUUAGUUAUACUACUUAUGCGCUUGCAACUCAUCCACCAGAACAACAGAAACUACAAGAACAUAUUGAUAAACAUUUCCAUCCUGAAAACGAUGAUGAAAUGCCAUCUUAUGACACAAUAUUCGAGAUGGACUACUUGGAUAUGUUCAUUCGAGAAACGCUUCGCAUGUAUCCUAUUGCACCAGUGGUAGUCAAUCGUCAAAGUACAGAAGACUUUUAUAUCAAUGGUAUUGGUACGAUUCCAGCUGGUACAUGUAUUGCUGCUGAUAUGUUUGCAUUGCAUUUUGAUCCUGAUUUGUGGGGGCCUGUAGAUCCACAUAUAUUUUACCCUGAACGCUUUGCUACAAAACGACAUCCGAUGGCAUGGAUUGCGUUUGGAGCUGGACCUCGAAAUUGUGUUGGAAUGCGUUUUGCCCUGAUUGAGAUCAAAAUACUCCUUGUUCGUCUUCUCAAAACAUAUUCUAUUGUUGAUUGUGGUGCACCAACACAUAAGUCAUUCGAACGACUAACAGAAACUUUUGUCAUAGCACCAAAAGAAGCUAUAAUUCGUUUACAACGAAGGGAUGAACAGCAUGUUUAA